AACAAUAUCACUACGCUCGCACCUUGUAAUGGCCGACGUAUGUUAACAGGCCACAAACUACUAAACACAAAUUAUUUAGUUUUGAUUAAAUCCACUGAAAAUUUAUCCAUAUUUCUCACCUAGUUAAUUUACAAUAGAUAUGACUUAUUGAUUUAAUUCGGAUUUCGAUUAAUGCAAUGGUUUAAUUCGGACGGAUUUAUUUGAAGAUGUGAACUAAUUGAAAACCAGGUGUCCUAACUUGUUAAUUAUUUCGAAUUAUUUUAAUUGAAAAAUGGCAUCAAAAUGCAGGAAAUUUGUACCAAAUAUUUUUAACAAGAGCAAAUGCCAGACAUGUUUCGGUUCAAAGGAACAACAUUCCGCUGAAGCUCUCGAAAAUAACAAGGCUUCAAGAAAGGUAUCAAAGUGUGGUUAUUUGUUUGUAGCUCCUGGAUAUGACUUCUCCAAUCCUUUGGACAAAACUAGGAGAUGGCAGAGACGAUUUUUUGUGUUAUAUGAUGACGGGGAGCUGGCUUACUCUGUUGAUGAAAAUCCUGACACUGUACCACAGGGUGUUGUAGACAUGAACAAAUGUUCCGAUGUUAAAGAUGCAUCAGGUUCAACAUCACAUCAGAACUCACUGGCUAUAAUCACACCAGAGAAAACCACGUACAUUAAAGCCAACUCUAAAGAAGAAAUACAAUGGUGGCAUGAUGUAUUGAUAGUAUACCCACGCAGUGUUUGCAAGCCAAAACAGAGACGAUUCACUGUACCAAGCUAUAGUUUCCUUAACAAGGAAAAUUUACAGCCAAAAUCAGAGACCUCAACUGAUAAUAAAGAUGGGGAUACCACUAAUGGUGGAUUUGAGAUUGAAAAAGUUAAACCAAAAGAACAACAGUUUAGCACGUACCGUGGCGUACGUAGUAUGAAGCAUACUAAAGAGAACAAACAUUAUCAAGACGGGUUACGGAAGAGCAGUAGUCUGCAUGAUUUAUCCACAGAAGAGCGUGAAUCUGGUAGUCUUGAUAAUUCACGAUUUUUAAGUCGAUCAGGUGAGGGGCUUGAUGCAGAAAGUGCAGCAUCAUAUUCGGACGGUGCACGUCUGCUUUCCGGGUAUGGAAAUAAUUCAUAUAUGACUGUACCAAGAACGACAGCGUUUAAACCACCAAGUGGGAAAUCAUUAUACACAUCCAAUCAGAACUCGUCUUCCAAUACGUCAAUUGCUUCGGCACCAUCAUCUACCUCAGAAACUGCGGGCAUGCGUGAACGUCGCGGCUCUUUUGAUGACAAAUCUAUACACAAGUCACGUAAUGCUAGUGAAAGGGCACGUUUACAUAGAGAAAGAUCUGCUAGCAUGAAAUCAUUCCCAACGAACCUUACGUUACCAAAGAUAACAAGUUCUAGUGUAGAUCGUCUUCUUCCUAGGACCGAUUCUUCUGGUCAAAACCAGACUGAUCAUGAAAAUGAGACUGAUGAACACAAGAUGGCCAAGUCAUCCGAGAUGCAGUCAGUAAGUAGGUCAACCCCACCUCCACCAAGUCCCACCAGGCAAGGUGCCUCAGCUACACCAGGCACCAAGUUUGAGACAUCUUCCGAAUCCCCCAACCAUGUUAGGCUAACCCUUGAGUCCCCAGAUAGAGAACAGGAUUUGAUGUACAUGAAGAAAGGCUGGCUAAUUAAGAUGGGAACCUCUGAAAAGGAUUGGAAGAAGCAUUGGUUUGUGUUAACGGGUAAUUCACUAAGAUAUUACAAGGAUGCGAAGGCAGAGGAAACAAACAAUCUUGAUGGCAGGAUUGACCUGUCUAGUUGUUACGAUAUAUCUGAGGUUCAAAUACAGAGGAACUAUGGCUUUAAAAUCAAGACAAGAAAUGGCGAGUAUGUUUUGUCUGCCAUGACGUCUGGAAUCCGGAGCAAUUGGAUGAAAGCCAUACGUUUAUGCAUGGACCUCCAGAAAAGCAAUAAGAACAAAGAAUCUAAAUCUUCCAUUGAUUCAACAGCUUCCAGUUCAACGGCACGGACUAAUGAUGACAUGGAUGUUGAUACGUCAUCAUCAUCAUCAAGGACUAGCGACAGUGCACGUGGACCAGAAAAGAAGAAAUUUAUAGCAAAAGCAAGAAGACAUUACUCGGAUGUAAAUCCAGGAAAUAUUGGUAAAAUGUUCUCACUAACUGGUAGUUCAUCAGGCUCUUCUCUUGCAUCAUCAAAAGAACCGUCACUCGAGCGAGAAAUCAAACCUGAAAGUUCUCUACAAACUCACAUGGAUCUAGCUACAGCUCCAAAACAUGGAAAGUACGAGCCUUACUGGCAUGGAGAAGCAGGCUCUAACAUUCCGUUUCGUAGAUUUGUUGAAGGAAGUGACAGUCAUGUGACCAGUUCUACCUCCUCAAUUGACCAAUCAAAUAAGUCUGAUAAGUAUGAUGAAGAGGAACGCAAGAAGCACGGUAAAUCUCCGAGUGCUAAAAUUAAAGAACGAUCGAGAGCCAAGUCACCAAAGCUUCACUCACCGCCACCUGGUGAAACAGAAUCCAAGUUUACAUAUAUGACAGAGUCACCUGGUGAUGACGAGAAAAUGUCCGUUAGUUCGGAAGAUUUAGAUUAUCUCGAUGCGGUUGAUGAUGAUCAUCUUGAAGGAGAUGACAAUUUGCCAGCAUCAGCAGGGGAGGGAAUGUUAGUUGAUCUUCUUGAAAAUGAGGUUGAAUCCCUGAAGGAACGUUUAGAGCAUACGCAACAAGAACUAGCCAAGUCACAUGAUUCAAAUCGUGAUCUGAAAACAAAACUACAGACAGUAGUUAGAGAGAAAGAUCCGAGUCAGUUACAAGCUAGUAUAGACAGCUCAUUCAUUCCGGCAUCUCCGCCGCAGCCCACCAUUGAUACACAACAGACAUAUGUUCACUCGUUAUGUGCGGUGUUUGAGAAGCCUCAGCACAAUGCAGUGAAGCGGCAAUUGAAGGAAAACAAAGAUACAGUAGUAAGGCAGAAGUCAGAAAUAGAUCAACUGAAGUCCAAGCUAGAUAUGUCAACUUCUAAACUUACUGGUACAGAGAAGGCUCUGUCAGAGGCACUGAAAGAUGUUAAACAGGAAAAAGAUAAAUUCUUGAAAGUUUCUACAGAAUAUAACAGAAAAGUCAGAAAUCUGGAAAAUCAGCUGAAAGAAGUAACACAAAAGAUGGAGAAAUAUCAUGAAAAUUCCUUGAUUAAAGAUAAAGAGAAUCGUAAAUUGGAUUUAGAAUUAAAGCAAACACAACAGAAAUUGAGAGACCAUGAUCGUGAAAUCUUAAAAUUGAAAGCUGUAGAGCAUGAGUACAGACAAACUAAAGAAAAACUAGAUGACACUGAGAAAAUAGCUUCCAGGAUGCGUGCAGAAAUAAAAGAAAAAGAUCAGCAGUUGAAGAAGAUAGAGAUUGAAUAUGAUGAGCAAUAUGAACAAUUAAUGCAUGAGUUUUCCAAGGAAAGAGAUGCCACUGAGCAUCACAUUGAAGAGUUGAAAGAACAGCUUGUUGAAGCACAGAAAAAAUCUACAAUGUCAGACCAGGUGUCAAGUGAUGUUGCUGAAAUGUUAAGAGAAAAAGAUGAAAUCAUUGCUCAACUUGAGGAGAAAGUUAUUGAAAGUGAAACAAAAAUGGUUGAAAUAACUGAGGAGUUGAAAGAAGAUGAAGAAGAGAAUUCAGAACUUCAUCAAAGUGUUGAAUUGUUAGAAGAGGAAAGAAAUAACUGUAUAGUUAAGAUUACCGAUUUGGAAAAAUCAUUACAGCAUUAUCAGAAUCAAAGUCAAAGAAUGGAGAAAGAAAAUGCUUCAAUUAGAAAACAUAUGGAUGAUUUAAGAAAAGAAAAUACAGAACUUAGUGAAAGGUUGAAUUCAGAAAACAAUCUAGUGGAAGACAAUGAUAGUUUAAAAAUAACUGUGAAAGAACUUGAAAAUGAGGUUCAUAGUUUACAUGAAGAACUAAAUAAGGUUGUUGAUGGACAUGAAAGAGUAUCACAUUCAUCAGAUGGAACAAAUUCUCAUGAUCAUCUUCACACAUUUAUCCAUGCAUCAUCUGAAAUAAAUGAUGUAAAUGACAAUCUAGUAAAAGUUAGGAAACAGUUUGAAUCAAUUGUCUCUAACUCAAAAGGUGAUCAGAAAGCUAAGUUAACAAGUGUAGCUGAAAUGCUUGAGAGUCUUGGACAAAAGUGUGGUAAUGUCUCUGAUAUACUUAAAGAAGGAUCGCAGAAUCAGUCGGCUGGAGAUGUUAUUGAAAAACAAACUGCAACAGUUGUACAAAGUGGAAAAGAUAACCAGGAAGUAGAGUCACUGAAAAAUAAAAAUAAGCAAGCUCAAGCAGAAGCAGAAAAAUUAAAGAAAGAACUUUCAGAAGUGAACAAGAAAUACAAAGUAUUACAAAAUGAGGACGGUAAGCUUAAAGAACAAAUUCAGGUUAUUGAAGGAAACUGUAAAGAUCAGUUAAAGAACUUGUCAAAAAGAGUUGAAGAAUUCACCGUGGUAAAUAAAGUGAAAGUAGAUACAAAAUCAAAUAAGUCAGAAAAGAAACAAAGUAAAUCAAAAUCUUGCAUUUCUGAUCAAAUUGAAGAACAAUUAAAUGAACUUGAAAUGAAAGUAGGAAUGGUAGAAAAGGUGUUGAACACUCAUGAUUUAAGUAUUUCUAGUAUUGAGGCUGAUAGUCAUGCAGAGACUGAAGAUGAAAGUGAAGCAGAAGCAGAUGAUUCUGAUGAUUAUCUUGAUUCUAAUAGUGAGGAGUCUGAACCAGAAGAUGAUGGAGAUGAUAGCACUGUAGCUGAUGAUGGUGACAGCCUUCUUGGUAAAUUAAAAGAAAUGAAAAAACAGUUACAGUCGACCAAUAAUAGAAUAAAAGAGUUGACAGGAGAUAUCAGUGAAUUAGACUCGUCAGGAGUUGGUUCUGAAGUUGCAGCAGAGACUGAAUUAAGGCAUACACUACUGAAAUGUGGGGAGAAAAUAGAUAACUUAACUGUGAGAUUAUCUGAUGGUUUGAAAACAGCAAGGAGUGAAACUCCAAGGUUCUCGGACAAUACUUGGGCUUUCCAAAAGUGUGUUGGUAAAUUAAAAGAGAAGGUGACAGAAGUUAGUGUUCUGAUGCAUGAGCAUGAUGAGUUAAAUGCUAAAGAGUUGAAACAUGUACAGGAAAAGCUAACGUAUUUAGCUGAGUUUGUGAACCAAAUAGACAGACUAGGUGACAGUGAUUGGGAGAUAGCAGGAAAAAUUGCUAAACAAGAACUGAAAUUCCAGCAUCUUCUAGUUCACAAGGAAAAAGCUGCAAGAAAGAGCACACUGAAGUAUGAAGAUCGUCUACAACUUUACGCAGAUAAGCUGGCUUUCGAAGCAAUGAUUCUUGGUCAGAUGGGAAUUCUGAUUCAGAGGCAGCAAGUUGGGUCCAUGUAUAAAGAUGUUUUGUUAAGAGAAAUCCAUGAAGCCAACUUGCAUAUCUUGGAGCUAGAAAGAAGGAUUGAUAAUGUAACACGUGAAGUAAAUCAAACAGAUCAGGAAAAAGAUUUAGUGUCUUCAUACGCAGCCAUUCUUGCAGAGAAAAUAGUUCUUGAAGGUCAACUUGCUUCCGGAGCCAUGGUUCAGGACAUGGAAACUAGUGAAAAUGUAGAAGUGCUUUCAGCUCUUAAUGUGAAUGAAUCACCAGCUGUUCUUGCUAUGGAAAUAUUCUUAAGGUCGCAAGUUGAUUCAUCUGUUACUGAACAAUUACAAAAGUUUGCAGAGGGUCUAAACUCUUUCUCCAAUCAUAUAGUAACUAGGGCUCUCCUUCAAGGGGAGAUUACUCAUGCUCUACAAGUUGUGAAAAAGAAAUUCAAAAAGGGAGACAACUCUGAAGAUCUUUCGAGUCUAGUAAAGCGUGAAAGACAAUUUGCAUUUGAUGAAUUACAAAACAGACAUAAAUUGAUAUUAGACUUAAUGAAUGAAAGUGAACCCUCAGUCAUGACUACAUUAAUUCAGUUGAUAGAAUUCUCUCAAGGACCAAACUCACCUACCCUCAACUCAGUUUGUGAAAAAAUAUCUAGUGUUCUAAAAAACAAAAUAGAUGAAUUAGAAAAAUCUGUACAAUCCAGUGAUACAGAAACCAAAACAAAACUUAAACAUAUUAUAUCCCACCUACAAUCAGAGUUAACUGAUGCAAUAUCUAUAUUCCGUGAAGAACAUCAAUGUUAUGUACAAACUGCCUCCCCAGAUAUUAAUCCAAAUGUGUUGAAGUUUUCAGCAGAUUCAUUGUCGACGGAUCUUGCUGAAAUGAUAAUCCAAAAAGCUGUGAUAAGUGGAACAUUUGUAUAUGUGCAAGGUUUAGUUGAGAAUGCACCAGAUGUUGCUGUAAGUCAUAUGAUGGAGCCUAUUGCAAGUGAAGGUCAAGGUCUGUCAGAUCUGGCUAAAAGUCUAGGACAGAUUCUACUAACAGAGGCUGCCAAUAAACAAAAAAUAGCUGAAGAAGUUAGGAAUGUUUCUUCAAGUGAUGGGUCAGGGGUUGCUAAGAGUGUAGCAGAUCUUGUUGGUGUAAUACCAGAUCUUGAAGCUUAUCCUCAAUCAUUUGAUGUCUAUGCUGCCACUCUUGUACGAGAAGCAAUGUUCCAGUCACAGUUGACAUAUACAACAUACAAACUCAAACUCCAGUACCAUCGUGAACUCAGAGACAUAAAGAUUAAAAUGGAAGCUGGAGAAAAGGUGGUUUUACCAUCAGAGAUAAGCAGGGAGGCAGAGAGUGAUAUUCAAGCAUCAUUGGCAACAUUUGAGGAAAUUCUUAACACUAAAUACCAGGAUGAAUGUGAAGUAUUACAUCAACUAGAGGUUGAAAUAGACAACUUAAAAUCUGUAACAGGUGAUAAAUCAUGCAGUAAGUGUAAAACAUUUGAAACUACAUUGAAAGCACUAGAAAAAACAUACCAACAUGAGGUUUCAGUAGCUCAAGAAAGGCAAAAUGUUCAUACUGAUGUUCUACGUCAAGAGGUCAAUAAUGUCAUAAUAAGGGUAGAUAAAUUCCUGGAAGAUCAUGAGAGAGAGAAAGAAAGUAUGAUAGCAGAUUAUGAAGAUCGUAUAGCAACACUACAAGAUGAGUUUGAUCUGAUGAGAAUAGAUCAUGAAGAGGAAUUGGAGCAGGUUAAACAAGACAUCAUGACAGCAGUUAGUGCAAUAAAGGCAACAGAGGAGGAAACCGAAACAACCUCCAUAGAUCAGAUUAAACAUCAUAAUAAACAACUCAUGAAAAUGUGUACACUUUCUAAGGAGUUGUUGUUAGAAGUAAAGAAUGGUGUAGUGGUUGAUCAAGGGGAAGAACUCAACAAUAGGAUAGAGUCACAGUUAUCUCAGAUAAUGGAGCUAGAGUCAGAUCCUAGCUUUACUCUGGAGGUAACUGUUACUACCCCAUCCCCUACUUCCCCUGGUUCUCCCCAAUUCCCCGCUGAACCCCUACCAAAACUGGAACGAUCUCUUAAACUGGACAGGUCACUAAGUGCAGAAAGGUCAGAUGAGCAUGUAGACAAGUUAUUGGAGAGAUCUCAACAUGAACAUGAGAUGGAACUGUUAAAGAGAGAGAAAGAAGAAGCUUUAGCUGAUGAGAUCAAGGUCACCAAAGCUGCACUGGAUGCUAUGAGAAAGGCAUACGAGGAGGAGCUAGAACAAGAGAAAGAGAAAUAUAGACACGCCCUUAAAACAAUGUUUACUGAUGGUUAUGUUGAUGAAAUCCGUAGAAGACAUGACGAGGAAGCUGACAAGUUAAGUGAAGAAUUAAGACAGGUGUCCAUGCACUAUGAGAGUAAAUGUGAGGACUAUAAACUGUUAGAGGACAGACUUGCCAGGACUAAAACAGAGUACCAGACUCAUAUAAACCAACUUGUGAAAAGUAAUGAGCACCUAACAGAGGUUGUUAACACAGAGAUAGAGAAUUUGAAGUCAUUUAUACAGACAAGAACUAAAGGUCAAUUAACUGGUAGUGCAUCACUGGAGGAGGAACUAUAUGAUGCUCAGAUUAUGGUACGUGUGAAGGAUGCUGAGUUACAAAAGUUAAGACAACAAGUUAAAAACCUGGAGAACAGUCUAGAAAGAAUCACAGAGGAGCAACGUUAUACAAUGACCCAGUACCUUCAGUGCUUGAAGAAGAAUCAAGAGAUUCAGGCCAAGUUGAAGGAGGGAACAUUUAUGAGCAAGGAGAGGAAAGACAGCACUAGUACACCUGAAGACCCGGCCAAGGGCGCUAGAGCUCUCAGACGAAACCCAUCUUUCCAUCAGCGAGCUAGAAGUCCGAGCCCAGAAACGUCUCCCAGAAAAGACGGCUCAGAACACCAUAGUCGUGAUUCUGUUAGACGUAGAGGGCACUUGAGUGCAAAAGAUUUGAAGAGAUCAAAGAGCAGCCCUUCCCUACCUUUUGUUUUCGAAGCUAAGGGUACUGCUUCAGCCUCUGGUGCAGUGAACCGGCAGGCUCAAAAUACUGGAGUAAACAGGCGCGAAUCUGGCAAAUAUUCAAAGGGUGGAAAAAAAUAAAUUAUAGAAAUUUAACUAAUUAAACUAAUUGAUAAUGUUUAUCUCAUUGUAGACAAUGUUAUAAUUACAAUGUUAACACAAUCUUAUACAUGGUGAGAGAAUUUUAAACUAUUUUAAUUUUAGUUAAAACAUGUUUAUUGGACAUAGAUGUUAUUCAUAUUCAAAUGAUAGAAGGAGCAAAGAUAAUUCAAAACAUAGAAAACAUAUAAUUAUGUCUCCCCCACCUCGGGGGGGAGACAUAUUGUUUUUGCCCUGUCCGUCCGUCAGUCCGUCCGUCCAUUCUUCGUUUCCGGACGAUAACUAGAGUUCCUUUUGACCUACAGCUCUCAAACUUCAUAGGAUGAAUGGUCUUAUUGAGCAGAUUAUCCCUAUUGUUUUUGGGGUCAGUAGUUCAAAGGUCAAGGUCACAGUGACCGUUGGUCAAUUUCUUGUUUCCGGAUGAUAACUAGAGUUCCUUUUGACCUACAGCCCUCAAACUUCAUAGGAUGAUUGGUCUUAUAGAGCUGAUGAUCCCUAUUGUUUUUGGGGUCAGUAGGUCAAAGGUCAAGGUCACACUGACCGUUGGUCAAUUUCUCGUUUCCGGAUGAUAACUAGAGUUCCUUUAGACCUACAGACCUCAAACUUCAUAGGAUGAUUGGUCUUAUUGAGCAGAUGAUCCCUAUUGUUUUUGGGGUCAGUAGGUCAAAGGUCAAGGUCACAGUGACCGUUGGUCAAUUUCUCGUUUCCGG